AGAGGUUCCAGUUCCGAAGACGUAUUGGUGUUUGACGAGUUUGCUUGUGAGACCUCCUCGCUAUCGCACUAACUAUAGAAGGAUACGUGUGGAAAUAGCCAAAGAUGAGCAUUUCAGGAAACUAUGGAAAUUACGGAGGACCACCAGAUGUUCCGAAAAUUAUGGAAGAAGCUAACGCCAUGUGCGGGAUAGAUCUCGUCUACCUGAACGUUGGAGGGAAGAAAUACACUACCAACUUUGAAACGCUAGCACGAUCAAAAAGCUCGUACUUCAGCGAACUGAUGAGGAUUGACAGAAAUUCGGGCAGAGUUUUGCUUUUCUUGAAAAACUGCGCUAUUGAUCGAGAAGGAGCCCUUUUUAUCAAUCGCGAUGGAGAUCUCUUCGCACAUGCUCUUCAGUUUAUGCGAGAUGGUAGGCGAGCUGUGUUGCCGGAGGACAAGUAUACUCUGAAACAACUCAUUCGUGAAUCCGAAUUCUUUGGAAUGGAUAGUUGGAAAGAAGUACUGAUAGAACAGUUGGAGCAAGUGGACAAGAAGAAAAACGAGCUCAUGGAAACUCUAACAGCCAUUGACGGUCAUGUCAACCGCUUGACAGAUACCAUGUACUUCGACGGGUUUAAAAAGUGACAUUUUUCCUGUAACUUGCUGUGUAAUGAAGAAUGAACCAUCUCCGCCCUGUCAUUGUCCACGCACCAU